AUGCUGUCAACAUAGCAAGUUGCUGACUAUGGAAACUCCUUAAAUGGUGGUUUCUCAGCUCAUCCUAAAGUAGUCAAUCAAAAACCCAAGUUCAAAGAUCCAUAUGGCAGAAAUGCAGAGGAAUAUUUCCCACAGAACAUUAUGAUUGAUAAGAGAGUCGUCAGAGGUAGUACUCAUGCUGCUAUGGUUAUUCCUGCUGGCACUUAUCCAGAUGCCUUAUUUUCAGGCUCAGGUAAAUAAAAGACCACCAAAAGAGCGAACAAGACUAAUGUAUUUUAAAACAGUUAUAGAUAAUUUAAACUAUAGCAAAAGGCUUCAGCAGAUGAAUUUUUCAAUAGAGAAAUCAAAACGCCAGACCCUCAAGCUGGUAGAUAAAAUAUUGACAUCCAGACGGAUCAAUUUGUGGAGGAACUUACUGAUAAGGCACCUAAAUAUGAAAUUGGAAGUCAAACUGAUUUCAUUAUUGAGAGACCACCCACUCCUAGAUCAAUCCCAAUUAAGAGAGGUUGCGAUGCUAAGACUUUAGUUGAAGACAAUGAACUGUUUAUCUUUGACAAGGAUGUUGAGCCGAUUCUAUCAGUUCUAUGCGGUAAAACUCUAGAAGCAGCAAGAAUGGAGGUUUUAGAAGAAGAGGAGUUAAGAAUAAUGAGAGAACAAUAAAAGCAUUUCGAUGAUGUAAAAACUGCUGAGCAUCUUGAAGCACAGCGUAUGGAGCAAGCAGAGCUUCGCAAAAAGCAAGAGUUUGAGAAAAGAAAGCACAAUGAAAGAGAAAAAAAGAAGAAUAAGGUAGCUGCUCAUAAGAAAAUUGUAGCCAGACAAAUAGCUAAAAUGUAUAACUAUCGCAUCAAAGACUACGCUUAUAAGCAUUUAGCUGACAUUGGUUUCUUUACAAAUAGAUUCUAAGUCAAUGUACUGGAACAGAAUGUCUACCCUUGGUUGACCAAGAAAGUAGCUAAGUUUGUGAUUCAACUAGAUGAAAUCGGUAAAUUCCCAGAUGAGUUUGUAUUGAACUACUUUGAUGAGAAUGAGCAACAGCACUCUCAAUUUGUGGCAGAAGAAAAAUAAAGAAAAGAAAAUGUCCGAUUGUUUAAAGAAUAGUAAGAAAGAGAAAAACUAGAGGAAAAGGAAAGGAGAAGAGCUGCAAGAGAAGCAGCAAGAAAAGCUGCAGAGCUAAAGAAACUUAGAGACGAAGUUAACGAACUCUUCAUUUCAAAAGGAGAGUCAAGAGAGCAUAUUUUGCAACAAGAUCUUGUUGAGGCUAAUGGUAAUAUAUAGAAGCAGACUAUCAUCGGUGGACUCGGAGGUAUGUUGGGCCAAAUAAUUCUUUGCUUCAGUGGUAUCUAAAAGAAAUGGAAAAAGGACUCUGAUUUCUUGAAUCCUAAAACAGUCUAGAAUUUCCUCUUCCUCUACAUUGACGCUAAAAUGAGAGCAGAAAAAUUAAUCUUACAAGUAGGUAAAGCUGUUGAGGAAUUCCUCCUUUCACUUGAGAAGCCACUUUAACUGAAUGAAAUGAGAGUCAUGAAGGAGGCUAACUACGUCAGAUUCAGAUAGAUUUUGAGUGAUCCUGAGUUGUAUGGAGAUGAAGUGCUGAGAGCAAUGAAGUAGAAUUCGAAAGCAAUUCUUUUAUCAAAUAAGGCUUAUGAUCUUGUUUAUGAAGGUCUUUGGGACUUAUAUUGCAAGAAAUCACAAUCACCUGAUUUGAACCCCAAAAAAUUAGAAGGAUUUAUUCAGAGAAUUAAGUUAUCUAUUCCUCCUCAAGAUUUAGUAGAUGAUGAGGGCAACGUCACUCCAAGUGCUGCUCAUCUACCCCUAAAAGCUAUAGUCAAAAUCAGAAUUCCACUCAAGAGGCCUUAAGAAAACCCAAAGAAAGAAGAUGUAGAGGAUGAGAAUUAAGAUGAAGACGAUAGACAUCAGGAAUCACAGAAAGAGCUGUAACAAAGAGCAGGUAACAAUGCUUCUCCUCAACCAUCAGAUAGAGGUGUAGUCUAUGAAGAGAUGGAGCUAGAAGAUAAGGUUCUUUGCAUCAAUCCAAUCAGUGACUAAUCCAGAAUCUUCGUUUUCCAUUAGGCUGCAUAGAGACUCUUCAGAAAGGACAUUGUGCAACAGAUGAAAAAGAAUAUCAAGGAACUUGAGAGCUUCGACCUUGAAGAGCUCAUCUAAUAGGUAGAGCAACAUGCCGUUGAAGUGGAGAAUAACUUCAUAAAGCUAUUCAGCGAGAAACCUGAAAAUGAGCAUGAAAAAGUGCCUGUAUUCGAUUUUGAGAUAAACUGA